CAAACUCGAGCUGGAGGAAAGGAGGGAGGGGGAGUCGGAGAGAAAAAAGCUCUUCUAGUGAGGGAUGCGCGCUCGCGCCUCUCUGGGCUUCUCUGACUGGACUGACUCGCAGGAGCUUGUAGUUUUUUGGGGGGGUUUGCGAUCAGGGGGCUUUGUAGUUUGAAACAUGAAGGACCGCACACAAGAGCUGAGGCAUGGUAAGGACACCGAGGAAGAGGAGGAGGUGGCAGUGGGCAUGGAGAAAGGCUUCAUGGACGAGUUCUUUGAGCAGGUGGAGGAGAUCCGUGGCUUUAUCGACUCGCUGGCUGAGAAGGUAGAGGAGGUAAAGAGGAAACACAGUGCCAUCCUCGCCGCCCCAAACCCAGAUGAAAAAACGAAAGCAGAACUGGAAGAGCUGAUGACGGACAUCAAGAAGCUGGCCAACAAAGUGCGCUCCAAAUUAAAGAGCAUCCAGCAGACCAUUGAGCAGGAGGAGGGUCAGAACAGGUCUUCGGCUGACCUGAGGAUACGUAAGACACAGCAUUCCACUCUGUCCCGCAAGUUUGUGGAGGUAAUGUCUGAGUACAACGCCACACAAUCGAGCUACAGGGAGCGCUGCAAGGGCCGAAUCCAGAGACAACUGGAGAUCACUGGCAGGAAGACCACAAACGAGGAGCUGGAAAGCAUGCUGGAAAGUGACAACCCAGCUAUCUUCACUUCGGGGAUCAUCAUGGACUCCAACAUCACCCAGCAGGCCAUGAACGAGAUAGAGACCCGGCACAAUGAGAUCAUUAAGCUGGAGAACAGCAUUCGCGAGCUGCACGACAUGUUCAUGGACAUGGCCAUGCUGGUGGAGAGCCAGGGAGAGAUGAUCGACCGUAUAGAGUAUAAUGUGGAGCACGCGGUGGAUUACGUGGAGAGGGCUGUGUCAGACACCAAGAAGGCAGUAAAGUACCAGAGCAAAGCACGGAGGAAGAAAAUAAUGAUUCUGAUCUGCUGUGUGGUGUUAGGGAUUGUUAUUGCUUCCACUGUUGGUGGGGUUUUGGCCUGAAACACAGAACAACAUCUGACCGCAAACCUACACACACACACACGCACGCACGCACACAGACACACACACACACACAUGCUCGCUUGCACAGCAAAAUAACACAACACAUUGUCGCCCAACAGUGUCUGACCAGACGACACAGAACCAUGUAAAGGAGGAAGGAAGAGCUGUUUAGUUUUUUUGGUUUUUUUUUCCGCAUGAGGUUCUAUUUUGUAAAUGUGCGGUCCUGCGAUGUGUUGCUCUGGAUGUUGUGUGUCAAUGUAUGGAACAAACAAAGAAAAAAAAAGAAAUGACAUUUCUUUUUCACUGAACAUUGAAGUUCUGAAGGUGAAAAGAAAAAAGAUUAAUUGUUGUACACAAAGAAACUCGUCCCAGAUCACUGCCAUCGUCGACUACUUCAGUGGUGCUGAGAGCCAAACAAACGGAACGAUCGUAGAUUCUUUUUUCAUAAUGCUGUUAGGACGGGCCAGCAGACAGACGGAUGGAUGGACUAAAGAAUUUUGCUGGGAAUAAAAGGGACUCUCUGUGGUUGUCAUUGAAAUGAACUGUUAAGGUGACCCCAGUGUAUAUCUGGGUUUGUUUCCAAUAAGAUCAUCUAUAAAAUUUACAACCAGCACACAAAAAUCCAAACCUAAAACUUCCAAACCAGGCACCAGGCUGUGCUGCCUCUCAUGUUGGGGGCUACAGAAUUCAAUGGAUGGUUUAUUUCACACAAAAAGCACAAAUACUUUACACUAAAAUGACUGCUUUCAAAACUCUAAACACAAGGUGCAUAAUCUGUAUUGUAAUCACAUAUCAUGACUACUUGAUCAUUUCAUUGUCAAAUAAUCUGCAGAUUACUUGGAUUACUAAUAUAAAUGAUAGUGACCACUUUAACACAGUGUCUUUCUUUACCCAAAUUUCACCAAUUUGCUUAUAAGCAAUUCUUCCCACUGGCUAGAUCUCCCCCUCACAUAAGACCCUAGCAUAGCAUCUCUUCAGGCUCUGUUCGUUCUGUUACAGUUAGAAAUCGGUGUUCACGCUUGUGUUUAGUGUUUUCGAAAAGCAUAUUUAAGCAAUUGGGGUGUCAAUAAUCCUAAUAUUUUUAAUAUUAAGACCUAUGAGUAAACACAACCACCUCUAUUCAACCCUUAGGAGAGGUAAUCCUUUGAAAGCAGAACAACUAAAUAGCAAAAGAGUGAUGGAAAUGUUGCUGGUGUUAGUGAAGAAGAAGACCGCUCGUCUCUUCCUGCUUGCUUUUUUUGAGACUUUUUUUGGUGGGGUGGGUUGAGGAUCCAGCCAGUAUUCACGUGUCAUCCUAAACCCACUCGCAGCUGCUGCUUCAGCCAUGGCUGCACUUUCCAUUAUGCCUUGUUUCUGUGUGUAUGAGUGCAUACAGUGGGGGGAAAACAGGUACUUAUUUUUUGUUAUUUCCAAUACAUAUUAGAUUAAUAUGAGAUUAAGUGACCCUUAUUAGUCCCACUACAGGGAAAUUUCACCUCCCGCAUUUAACCCACCCGUGCAGUGAAACACCACAUACCCACUAGUGAGCACACACACACUAGGGGGAAGUGAGCACACUUGCCCGGAGCGGUGGGCAGCCCUAUCCUCAGCGCCUGGGGAGCAGUUGAGGGUUCCCUAACCCCUGGACCAUGACUUUAUUUACACACAUAAUGUAUUUUGACUUUGCAUAAGUAUGCCAACAAAAAAGUAUUCAUUCAUGAGCAUAAAAUGGCCUUGUUAGUCCUUUUUGCAAAGCUGUUGUUGGCAUAUAAGCCAUCAAAACAUCUACAGUAAAACGUAAUUAGCUUUUUUGCAGCACUGUGGUCCAAUUUUGGUCUAUUAUACUUGGCAACCCAUCUUCUUUUUUCCCUCUGAUGGGCUAUUGAUGAAACUACUGAUGGAUAGUUUCAAAAUUUUCAAUGGGAUUCAAGUCAGGAGACUGGCUGGGCCAUGCAAGCAAAUGAACAUUCUUUUAUAGAAACUGGUCUUGAGUUAUCUUGGCUGUAUGUUUAAUGCUGUUUUCUUGUUAAAAUGUCCGUCUUGUCACCAUAUUCAGUUUAUUGGCCAAUGAGAUAAAAUUCUCCCAUAAUAUCUCCUGAUAUAUAAUUCCAGUCAUGUUUCCUUGGACCAUGUAUAAAGCCCCAGUAUGGUUUGCAGAGAAGCAGCCCCAUAUGAUCCUCCCACCAUCAUUCUUCACUAUGGGUGUUCUUGCUCAUGUCAAGCUGAAUUCUUGUCAAAGAGUUCUAUUUUUGCUUCUUCUGACCUGCGUACUCUCAUCUCUGAGCUUCUGUUUCAGCAGAGGGCUUUUUGAGGCAUAAGAUGAUUACCAAUUCUACUGGCAGGCAUGUUUGAGGUCUUUCCUAUGGCUCUGUAGCUGUUCCAGUUGAGUGUGUAACCCCUUGAUAGGCCUAUGCCCACUGGUGAGCCCAAAACUUCUAAAAUGUAAAAAUAGCUCAGACAGUUAAAAGUAGCCACAUUUACAUGCAGCCCAAUAAUCCAUUAAUCAUCUGACUAACAGCUCAAACGGAAUAGAAUACAUCCAUGUAUACACCUCAUUUUGAAUAGACUAGUUCAACAGGCCAUUCAUUCAGUGUCUGUCUGAUUUAACAAGGUGGGAAAUCUUGUAAAUAAUCUGUCAAAAAAACGGUAAUAAUCAUGUAAACGCCUGUAUCUGAUUAUAUUCCCUAUCGGAAACUUUAAAUCCGUUCUGCAUGUGCGUCGCAUCAUAGUGAGAGUUUAUACUGUUCAACGUGGCGGAGCAGAAACUGGUCUGCAGAGGAGACGAAGUUUAUGCUCUGAUCGUUAUAAGGCGGCGGUGGGCUGGACGUCCAGCUUAUGUGUCUCAGAACACGACGUCAUCCUCUCGGCCUUCUUUAAUAAGUACAUGUGAAGGACGUUUUCCUGAGUCUGAUGUCAUUUUAAAGCAAUUAAAAACACAAGCGCACCAGCUGAGAACUCAGGCAAACAUACUACUGCUCAUCUCACUCUGACUGUGAUGCUUGUUGUCAUGGUUACGUCUACCUUAAGUGGUGCUCUACGCAUACACGUGAUUUUGGAUCGGAUUACUUGUAGUGAACAUGUAAACAGAGAUUUUCCAUCAGAUUGUUGAGUAGAGUGGUAAUAUAAACACCUCUAUAUAUAUAUAUAUAUAUAUAUAUAUAUAUAUAUCAAUAUAAACACCUCAAUAGAAACACUGAAUAUAUAAUCGAAUUUAUACAGCCAGUUAGUUCCGGCCAUACAUGCUGAUUGGUUGAGAGGCGUUCUAACCGUGUUGCUAUUUUGCCAUAAUAUUACAGGUUUUUCACUAACACUAUCACUCCGCUAAGAUGCCAUUGCUAAGCAACGGCUUCGACAGCUGUUGGAGACGCUCAAGCGUCAACAAAUGGACAAUUUUAAUGUCACAUUUGACUGACAGCUGAUUUGGUCAGACUCUGAAGAUGAGACGACACUAAAUUCCCAAACUAUCAGUCGGUCUGUGUGGAGCUGGAGAAUGAACUGCUGGCUGUGCAGCGAGUGGGCGGAGCUUGUUGCUCAGACAUAGCAACGAGCUGCUUGUUAAGGAACUAUAAUUUGGCGGAAGGAACGGCUGUAAUGAUCUACAGCGACUAAAUCACAGCUGUGAUGUUAUUUCAUGAUAACACUCUCCCUCUCGUGUUCUAUUGCUUAAGUAUUGAAUCAGUUUGAAGUCCCUGUAGUUACUGAAUAAUAAGCCUUAGUAUGUAAUAAGUUUGGGGUUUUAGGGGGUUUUUCUGGGGUCCUCCCUCAAGUUUGUGAUCGCUGCGUGAUGCCUGAAAUCUUCCCAACCAACAGCAACAUCUUUCAUAAUGAUACAGUCUGCAGGAGAACUUUUUUUUGCCAGCAUUACCAUCUACAAAUGGAUUUAUUUAUAUGUAACCUUCAAUAAGUACUUUUCCCCUAUCAGUUUAGUUAUUUUUGUUUUUGUAUUUGUACAAGACAUUGUGACAUUUGAAGUGGUUAUAUGAACUUAGUUUGUAUGUAAUAACAAACAAAAGUGUCUGAAUACUUUCCCCUUACUGUAUGUAUGUAUGUGGGUGUGUGUGCAUUUCAGUAGUUGUAUGUGGGACCUGCAUGAGUGCCAGUUUGUGUGCAUGCCAAGCGGGGGCCAAGUUUUUCCUGUGUGUGUGUGUGUGCGUGUAUGUAUAAAUACCUGUUGAACUGCCUGUAAUAUGCCACUUGUGUCUUUGUGUAGAAAGUUGUACAUUACUAUAGUACCCGGUGACGUGAAGGUCCCUCUCCACAGACGCUGCCAAUGAUAAACUGAUGCUGUAUAUGGAACAUGAUGUGACUGUAGAAUUCUUUAUGGUUGGUGGAGAUGAAUGCACAUUUCUCAAAGGAGCCUAGCUCCGCUCUCGUUUCCGUUCGGCUCUGAACGUGCCGAAUUUGAAUGGCGAGAGCAGAGACGAGACAACUGGACCACCUUCUUCUGCCACUGCCUCUACGUUGUGAUUUAAUGUCAUAUCUGUUUGUUUUUUGGGUUUUUGUUUUUUAAGUAAAUCUUGUCUGAAUACCA